AUGGCAGCUAAAACAGAAUUCCAAUUCAGGUGGCUCGUUGAGCUGCUCGACAAGCUGAGCCUCACGAACAGAGGCCACCCACUUUCUCUCGAUAUCGCCCGCCAACACACACUAGCCUGGUUUAAGAAACAUGGCGACAAGAUCAUUCGGCAUGGCCCUUCUGCCCUUGCUUUCUUGGCCUGUGUCCUCCCAAAUCGCCUUCCACAUCGUACUUACGGGUUACGAGAAAAGCGUUUAGCCGAUAUUGUAGCUAAUGCACUCAGGCUUCCCAACCCUGGUCGAAGGCGGACGAAGUUAGAGAGCUGGACCACAGGAGCCGACUUUGCAACACUUGUUGAGGAGGUGAUGCAUGAGGCAGAAAAUCCCCCAGCGCGGAAGCAAGUCACGCUUGAAGAGUUGGACGCCGCCUUAUGUGAGCUUGCAGCAAACUCGGGCUUUUUGGCACCGCAGAUGCAGCGUUUCAGAACCAAUAGGCCUCGGUACAGAAUCCUUGAGCCGAUUCUGAGGCGCCUGAGCAGCAAGGAAGCUAAAUGGCUGAUGCGGAUGCUGCUCAAAGCUUAUAGUUCGGCAGCAAUUCCAGAACAAGCAGUUCUGCGUUCAUUCCACUUCCUUCUACCUGAUUUACUUGCGAUUCAGAACUCCUUUGAGGCGGCCAUAAACACUCUUAACCAUGAAGAUAUGCAGAACAUACCACACAACCCGCCUAUGGAAGAUAGGGAUGGGUUUCGUCAGUUGGCAGCCAAGUGUAUGCACCCGAAGCUAGGAGUUAUGAUACAACGCCAGCCUUACGAUAAAGGGCGCAGCAUAAAGCAUUGCUUGAACAUGGCAGAAGGGCGUACGAUGAGUGUCGAAAGAAAAUACGACGGGGAAUAUUGCCAAAUCCAUAUUGAUGUGUUGAAACCUCACGAUCGGCGUAUCCAAAUAUUUUCAAAAAGCGGUAAGGACUCUACAGCCGAUCGCCAGGGUCUUCAUUGGGCUAUCAAAGAAAGUUUGCAACUCGAUGAUGCGCAAUGCAAGAUAAAAGCAAAUUGUAUCCUGGAAGGGGAACUCCUGGUAUGGAGUCGAUUGAAAGAAAAAAUCCAGCCUUUUCACGCCAUACGAAAACAUGUGCUCCACGGUGGUAGGAACAUUGGGACUGCUGCUGACUCUCCUAGAAGCAAGGACGAUCAUCUCAUUAUCAUGUACUAUGACUUGUUAUACCUGGACAACGAGUCAUUCUUGAAUUCUCCUCUUAGAGAACGGAGAUUGUGUUUGGAGAAGGUUGUCAACCCUAUGGACGGCGUCGGCAUGAUUGGUACGCGCAAUGUGGUGAACUUUAGGCUAAGAGAUGCACAAAACAUCCUUUGCACGCUAUUUGUACGCAGCAUUCGCGAGACAUGGGAGGGACUGGUCCUGAAAGGUAUGCAAGAUCCCUAUUUCUCAUGGGAACGACGCCCCAGGGUGAUUAAGCUGAAGCGAGACUAUGUUACCGGACUUGCACAAAGUGUCGAUCUUUGCAUCAUAGGUGGCUUUCGAGAGCAGCUCGUGGUUGAUCAACUCGGGGUGGGAGAUCUGUCUUGGACUUCGUUUUAUCUCGCUUGUUUUGACAACAAGGACGAGGUGGAAGAAUUCCAGGCCCUGCCAAAGUUUCGAGUGGUGGAUGUGCUUAACACCAACUGUAUUUCGAAGGCUGAUAUCAUUCACCUGAACAGGGAAGGCCAAUAUCGCAGGAUGGACGCUGCGGAGGCCUCUCAAUGUCUUGACGUUUCUUUCGAAAGAAACGGCCCCAGACGAUCGGGUCAACUCUUCAGAAAACCCUUCGUCGUUGAAGUCAUGGGGGCGGGCUUCGAGAAGCCUUCUGAUGCUGCAUAUUUCACUCUGCGCUUCCCCCGGGUGAGGUUGCACUUGGACAGGACGUUUGUUAACACCAGCUCCUUUGAUGAGUUGCAAGCAAUGGCCAAGGAAAGCUUUAAACCCGUCCGUAACUCUGAUACAGAGGAUAUUGUUCGACGGAUACAGAAAGCCAACGGAAAGCAUGCAAUCGUCGAGGAGGGGUGGUCACAAGAGACAUGUCGUGAAGCGGCAGCGAGCUCUGCGGCCUCGACACCUGUCAUGCCCAUCAGUCGGUCCAACGGGCUGCUAAUUGCGCACACGACAGGUAGCUCCUCAGCGCAACUCGGACCCAUCAGUCUUUCCCGCCCACCCCCGACUAUACAGACUGAGGGACCGAUUGCUCCACCAGGAUUGAAUAGACGGCAACCAGGAUCGGAAGUACAGUCUCACCAUCCAGAACCAACGGAGGCUCGGGAUCAAGACCGGAGGUCUAGUGAAGGACGAGACUUAUACAUGGGCUCGAGCUUGAGCUCGAUCACACAUCUUCCACUCAACGAAAAUCCUAACCCUCUAAACACGCGGGGUAAUAGAAGGCCUCUGGAACAAGAUCCGGCCGGGGAAAUAGCUCAGAAUCCGGACAGUAAAAGAACAAAAAGUCAACCUUGUGCAACUGUUCGAUGUCGAGUAGGAGCGUCAUCACUGGCUAUGCUGAAUUCCACCUUUCUCAAGAAACGCUUCCAAUGCACUGUCCCAAACGACAGCCGCUGGAAGGAAAAAGGAGUUCAGGUGUUGGCCCACAUUUGUCGAACUCCAAGUCCGACGGCUGUUGCUUCGGUUAGUCGGAUCCUUACCUCUCAUUGGUGUACAGGAACAGAUAACCCGGUAUUUGGACGUCAAUCAGGAUGUAAAUGCUCCAACUGCAGGCUGAUUCUGAUAAUAGUCGCAGAUGAGUCCAAACUAGUCGAUGUCGCGAGAGAUCUCAAGGAAACGUCCGCUGCUGUCGCUGAUAUCCGGAAGCAAGCUUUAGAGAAGCUGUCUCUUAAUCCCAGGUUUGGAAAGUUGACACACCAAGGGGGUGAGAAUGAUCAGAAACUCGUCGUUUUUUUACUCAAGUCAGCAAGACCAGCGAUAUCUGAAAUCGAAAAAGAAGUUAAAGAGAUAUCAACUGCUUAUGGGUGGUAUGUCACGCGGCUUAACAAGGUUUUCAAAGACCACUUUGCUGGCGCCAUCUUUUUCUCCUUUCCUAAGCCAUUUUUCUCUCCGGCAAUGGCUUGGUCAUUAUUCCAAGGCGUCAAAGGCGCCCCAGACUUCGCGAUUCAAGAUGCGGACGGAGCGCACGACCAUCUUAGGCGUCUGGUCGCCUUGGGCCUCCCUAUGCAAUCUAAGAAUUUGGCGACUCAUUCGGUCGCAGCCCUGGGAUCUGGGUCCGGCGUCGGUCCUGGACCUUCUCAUCCUGGCGUUGAAGGCACUGGGUCCCAUUUUCCGGCCGUCACUAAAGCUUCUCAACUAGAAUCUCAAGGUAGUACUCAGCUUGAAUGGAAAUGGAGUAAGGUCUGCAAAUUGAUGGGUUCACUUGGUUGCGAUGCGGACCAAGUGUGA